AAUGUAGCGGAAUUUAUUUUUUGGAAUGAAUGCUAAUUCUGAAUGAUCUAAAUCCGAAGGGGGGGGAAAAAGAACUACAACAACAACAACAACUGUGAAGCGUAGUAAGACCCCGAAGCAGCAGGAGGCAGCACAGCCACCGCGCACUUUAACCCGGUUGUUGUACUCAUUUUCGUUGCCAGAGAACCUCAGCAAUUGUUGUGUAUCAUGAACCCCCUGACAAAGGUGAAGCUGAUCAACGAACUCAACGAGCGAGAAGCUAACCUGGGGAUCAACGAGAAGGCUUCGUGGCAUAGCGAGUACAAGGACAGCGCCUGGGUCUUCAUAGGAGGUUUCCCGUACGAGCUGAGCGAAGGCGACAUCAUCUGCGUCUUUUCGCAGUACGGCGAGGUCGUCAACAUCAACCUGGUGCGCGACAAGAAGACGGGCAAGUCCAAAGGCUUCUGCUUCCUGUGCUACGAGGACCAGAGGAGCACUAUUUUGGCGGUGGACAACUUCAACGGCAUCAAGAUCAAAGGACGCACCAUCCGCGUGGACCACGUCCGAGACUACCGCCCGCCCAAGGACCACGAAGACAUCGACGACGUGACCAGGCGCCUCAGAGAGGAAGGAUGCGCUCCCUCCGUCGACCGCGCGGCGUCUCCGUCCUCUUCCUCGCCCGACGACGACGAUGCGGUCCCUGUCGCCAAGAAGAGCAAGAAAGAUAAGAAAGAGAAGAAGAAAAAGAAGGAGAAAAAGAAAGAAAAGAAGAAAGAGAGGCGAGAGUCACCACCUCCUCCUCCUGUCGCAUCCGUGAGAGUGAAAGAGGAGAAGGAGGACGCCGCCUACGACAAGUACGACCAGAGGAGGGCGCCGGUCAAGGAAGACAGAGGAAGAGGAGAUACCCAGAGAAGACGAGGAGAUGAUGAAAGAAGACGGGAUGAGGAGAUUAGACGAAAAGACGGCGAGAGAAGACGAGAUGAGGAGAGAAAACCCAGCGAGUGGGAGAGGCGCAGAAGGUGACAGAGAAGAGCGGGGGAGACAUUCAGUGCAUUUUGUUUUGUUGAAAGAAUUUUUUUUUUAUAUAUUAAAAAAUCAUAUUGAACACAUUCUCUUUUUAUUUGUUAAUUUACAUAGCCUUCUGUCGAAUUAGG